AACCAAAUGGCCGAUGGGCCUCCCGUGAGCUGGAGAAAUGAGCGGGCGCCGGGGCCGGACGGGCCCGCUGCAGAGUGCGCUGCGUCGGGGCCGAGAGCUCCGGGAGCAGGUUGGUGUUUUACUUCAAGAAAGCAAGGACAUAGGAGUUCUGGAUGCUGAAAAAAAGAAAAGCCUUAAUCAGAGAUGUUUAGAGUUGAGGAAGACUGUGGAUGAAAAUGCCUUUGCACUUCAGAACCUGAAGAAAUCAGAUGAGCCUGCACCUGUGGGAAAUUAUAAUCAGAGAAAAGAGGAAGAAGAAAAGCAAUUGUUAAAGCUCUCUCAGCAGCUGGAGAAACUUGCAGCAAUCCUUGGCCGGGAAAAUGAGAUGAAGGACUCUCAUGUGGAAAGCAGCCCAAAGACUCAGGAGGAAAAUGAGGAGACUGAAGAGGAAGAUGAGGAGGAAGAGGAAGAAGAAGAAAGUACACAAGAUGAGGAGGAGGAGGAGGAAGCAGAGGACUAUGAUGAAGACAAACUAGGAGAUGAUUCAGCUAUUACAAAUUUUAUCACUCUUGGUGAUUUUGCUGCCCAGCAAGAAGGGGAUCUGACAUUUAAAAAAGGUGAAGUCCUUCUCAUACUUGAGAAAAAGCCUGAUGGAUGGUGGCUGGCUAAAAAUUCCAAAGGGGAGAGUGGCCUUGUGCCUAAAACCUAUCUAAUGAUAAAUGCCAAGGAAAGAGAGGGAGAAGAGCCAAGUGAAGAAGAAACAGAGGAAGAUAUAGAGGUGGCAGAUGAAACAGGAGGAGCCAAGAUCCUGAAAAGAACAGACUCACACUGGAGUGCUGUUAAAAAGGCCAUCACAGAGAAUAAUACCUUAGAUGCGCUGACAACUAUGGGGGCAGUUCCUGCAGGAUUCCGACCUUCAACACUUGCCCAGCUCUUGGAAGAAGGAAUUCAGUUUCGAGCCUCUUACUUCCUACAACCAGAGCUGACACCUUCCAAUCUUUCUUUCCGAGAUCUAGUGUGGAACCCUGAAAAAGGCACUAUUCAGGCAAGACCAACCCGUAUAUCACUAAUUAUGACUCUGUGGAACUGUAAAGGGAUUCCUUUUCCUGGAUUCAGCAUACAGGUUCUCAGUAGACAUGUUCGACUCUGCCUUUUUGAUGGUAACAGAAUCCUAAGUAAUAUUCAUACAGUUAGAGCUACGUGGCAGCCAAAGAAUCCCAAAACAUGGACAUUUUCUCCACGGAUCACUGGCAUCUUACCUUGUGUGCUUGAUGGAGACUGUUUUAUUAGGUCCAAUUCUCCGUCUCCAGACAUUGGCAUAUUAUUUGAACUUGGGAUCACAUAUAUUCGCAAUUCAACAGGUGAGAGAGGAGAAUUGAGCUGUGGCUGGGCAUUUCUAAAACUGUUUGAUUCAAGUGGAUUUCCAGUUGCCUCCAGAACGUAUGAGCUGCUUUUGAAUGGUGGGACUCCGUAUGAAAAGGGAGUUGAGGUAGACCCAUCCAUUUCCAGAAGAGCCAGCAGUAGUGUUUUCCAUCAUAUGAUAACACUAAGGAAGCAACCACAACUUCUAGUAAAACUGAGGUCAUUAAACACACGCUCCAAAGGCAUACUGAAUCUUCUGCCAGACGUAUUAAUUGGUAGCAUGUGUUACAUACAUCUCAUAGUGUUUUAUCGUCAGAUUCUUGGUGAUGUACUCCUCAGGGACAGGCUAAAUAUGCAAAACGCAGAUUUGAUUGGCCAUCCAAUUUUGGCAACUUUUCCCAAACUCAUGGAGCAGCCGGAUCUUAUGGAUGCACUCAGGAGUGCCUGGGCAGAGAAAGAAAGCACACUAAAGAGAUCUGAAAAGAGAGACCAGGAAUUUCUGAAGUCCGUGUUUGUCCUGGUGUACCAUGAUUCUGUAUUUCCUCUCCUCCAGUCUGUGUUUCUCCCAGAGUACAAGUGGGCAGAAGAAGAGUCUGAAGGCACUCGCUGGCACAUGAUUGCUGAUUUCUUAAAGAAGAACCGCGAAAGAGGCAGUGCUCUGUCCUCUCUGGUGUCCCCAGAAAGCCUUCACAGAGCUUUUGACGUCACAGAAAUAGCAUAUGAUUUUCUAGGAGAGGCAAGGAAAAGUAGUCCUUGAGGAUGAAUGCCUUUUAAGGUCCUGCAUCUCUGCUAAUUGCCAUGCUAGCAUGGCUCAUUUAAACAUAAUUGAUGAGGCCAAACAGUCAUAUUUUUAUACUGUAUCAGUUUUAAAAAUAACUUAUAUUGGUACACUAUGGGGAUAUUUUUAUUCAGAUUGUAUGUUGG